ACAGCACGUUGGUAGUAAAUUUCUAUGGUUCCAUGGCAGAGCCGCCAUGAUGGCUUUCCGUAUUACACGCUCAACAUGCAAAGUUUCAAAGUUGUUUUACUGUAUUUGUGACUGAGUGAGUGCAAACAAAAACGAUGGGAACGCACUAGGGGCCUCGAGGAACCGUUUAGUGCCCGUCUCGGGAGUACCGAGACACGGGAAAGUGGCUUUUGGGGGGCAUUUUAUGUUGGCCUUGCCGUGUACUGGGUGCUGUCAACCAAAAUGUCCAAGCUUUCAUUUAGGGCGAGGGCCCUCGAUGCCAGCAAACCAAUGCCCAUCUAUAUGGCCGAGGAACUUCCUGACCUGCCCGAUUACUCGGCCAUCAACCGGGCAGUUCCUCAAAUGCCAUCGGGAAUGGAAAAGGAAGAGGAGUGCGAACAUCAUCUGCAACGGGCUAUUUGUGCGGGUCUCAUCAUCCCGACCCCAGAAGUCUCCGAAAUACCGGACAAAGAUGUGCACGACAGGCUCUAUCCGGCAAACUACAAGCAGCCCAGACAGCUUAUACACAUGCAACCCUUCACUAUGGAACAAGAUAUACCUGACUACGACAUGGACUCUGACGAUGAACGUUGGUUGGACUCGCAAACAAAACGCAUCGAAUUAUCCGCACUGAAAUUUGAAGAAAUGAUGGACCGAUUGGAAAAAAGCAGCGGACAAACGGUGGUGACGUUAAACGAAGCAAAAGCUCUCCUAAAAGAAGACGAUGAUCUCAUUAUUGCAGUAUUCGACUAUUGGUUAAAUAAACGAUUGAAAUUGCAACAUCCGUUAAUUUUGUCUGUAAAAACGGAACACCGAGUAGGAACAGCGGCCAACAAUCCUUACCUAGCGUUUAGACGACGAACCGAAAAGAUGCAAACGCGAAAGAACCGGAAAAAUGACGAGACCUCGUACGAGAAGAUGUUGAAAUUGCGUCGAGAUCUGUCGCGGGCGGUCACGCUUCUCGAUUUCGUGAAACGCCGCGAGAAAAUAAAACGCGAAUACGUCCAUCUGACGGUGGAGAUUUUUGAAAAACGGUACCAAGCUAAAGACUUUAGUGGUGCCAUUAUUUCCGAAUUGUCGGUAAUUAAGGCGCCAAGACCCGCGUUUACUCCGAUCUUUCAGAAUCAUUAUGCUAAUCAGAAUUGGACCAAGAGUAUUAUGAAGGACGAAAUUAUACCGCGUAAGGAAAAACGACAGUACAAGAAACGCAAGCACAAAUCGUUAAGUCACAAUCGAAUGUUGGGGAUUGGUGGAGCUGGUCUUGAAGGUUUAGGUGUUCUUUCUUCUGAUGAAGAACCCAUACCGCAAGCUUCACCUGAACCUGAAGAGGUUGAGGAAGAUGGACAGUUUGCUUUUAGAAGGAACAAACUGUGCAGCUACCAUAUGCCUAUUCCAAUGGGUAACUGGCCGUGGUGUUCAAAAGAAGAAAACGGUUCGGCUGACAAACGUUACCGAUACACGCUAACGUCAUUGUCCAAUCCACGACGGUGUAUUGGAUUCGCUCGAAGGCGAAUGGGCCGUGGCGGUAGGGUGAUCUUUGAUCGCCUCCGGACGGAUUUCGAUGAACUCUGGCGCGGGUUGGACUUUACGAUAUACGAUGGGACGACGACGAAAAAGCCUGCAACGACGAACACCCCAGAAGAGGGAAUUCGUUUGAAGGAUUCGUUUAGUACAAAUGUAUAUAGCGAUGUCGGUCACAGAAACUCGAAUUUUGUGAAAGCUGGUGAUGAAUCGCGGACAAGUUUUGGUGUUUUAAACUGUGACGGUGAUUUUGUGAAGAGUGUGGUUAAAGAGGAGCCUGAAGAGGUGGCAGAGGAAGUCUCGAGAGUGAUGGAGGUGUCUGAACAUACCCCUGAGGAUCAAGAUGAAAUGGUGGAGUUUAUGCAAUCCAUACAAAAGGAUUGGUUACAUUUUCGACCAAAAACACCUUCUCCUGGUUACACACCACCCUGUCAUCUUCUUCCCCCUGAAGACAACACCUUUAUACCAAGUUCCAAUACGCCGUUUACGUUGGAGCUGCGUGGCAUUGACGACGUAACGUCAGCGCUGGCGGACAAUUCAACGUUCGUGACCGGCACGUUCCUUUACGAGGACCUCGCGCUGGACGGUUGUCUGGACGUGCCUGUAACAGACACCCGGCAAACCGUCGAGGGCUCAGCCCCGACGACCCAUAAUACGCUUAUUACCGCGAACGCGACAGCAGAAACUCCGACGACGACACCGUGUGUAAAUCCUAGAGAGGAUGAAAAAGUUAGUGUUGGUGGCGGCGAGGAACGAACUAUAGGUUGCUCUAGGUUCACCAUAAUCGACGUCGAUGGGAGUGCGGGUUCUUUUUCUUCGACCGGUGGCAGGGUCCCGUCACUCGCGAAUACCGCGACUAGUCCUAAGUUAGAUAGUGUUAAUGUCGCGUCCGAUGUACGACAGAGGUCGUCCUCAACACUCGCACCCGAUUGCGGUAACAAUGGGAAUAGUGCGAAUGGUAUUAUUUCUCAGUUCGGAAUGGACGUAUCUCCUUGUGUUAGAACAAAAUUAAAUAAGAAAUUAUACGCUUAUACCGGCGAAGUUGGGAGCGCAGGUACAAAUGCACUGAGCCUACUCACUUCAGCCCAUACUGUUACGCUUAAUAGUCAUAGUGCCAAUAUCUUGGAAAUACCAAUUUCAAACGACGCGGAUUCAGUACCAACAAAGGUGGUGGCCGCACAAUGCGAGACGAACUCAACACCCGCCAACAACAAUAAAAACAAGACCAUCGUUCGCAAGAAUAAUCUGGCGAUGGAGGUGACGUGAUGCCAAUGGCCGAGCCCGCAUUUUUUUAAUGAUAGCGGGAUGGCAUCAUGGAUUUUUCAGGACCGUUUUCACGUCCGUUUUUAUUUGGGUUCAAGGACUCUCUGAAAUGCCUGUCUGGUAAACAAAACAAAAACUGAUUUAAUUUAUUUUUUUUUAAACUUUAUAUCAUUCACCUCAAACACGUUUCUAAACUAAAAAAUGGUGAAAUUUUUGAAAUGUAUCUCACAACUCUUCUUUAUCGCUCCGUAUUAGAUUCGUAUUAGCUCAGUUUAAUUGAUGAAAGAAGUGUUUUUUUUUAUUAUUUGUUGAGGAUUAUAAAUGUAAAUAAUUUGUAAAAAUGGGUUAUGAAAAUGGUGAAGCAAUUUUUUUAAAGUACUGAGUAUAAAGUGUAAUUAUAAUUUUUUGACUGAUUGAUGAUAUAAGUAAAAAAGGGAUUAACAGAAAUAAAAUGAGAUUAAUAAGUGAGUUUAUUUUUUUGGAAAUUGUUUUUAUUUGAAUUAACUUUUUUAAAUCAAGUAACUUUACGUUUAUUUGUUAAUCAGUUACAACUUAGAUAAACUAUACUUUAUUAUGACAGGCAUUAUAAAAACGAUCUUGGAAAAGAAAUUAGCUAAAAAACUAAAAAAAAAAUUUAAAAACUAAAAAAAAAUUGUCCCAUUACAAUUUAUAAACACGGUAUUGUUCUAAUUUAUUCGUUUUUUGGUAUAAACGCCGUAACCGUAACUAUCUAUUUAGCGUUUAAGGAUACAAGAGGCUGUUGAUAUAAUUAGUUAAUAAUUUAUUACGUUUUGUAUCAUCGGAAAUGAAAUUUAAAAAGUAAUCGGAAAAAAAGAUCAUUUUUUUUAUGUGGAAUGUACUUACACAUUUAUUACAAAGAAUUUUUUUUACAAAAAUUUAUAACGUAGCGCGUAAGUUAAUUAUUUUUAUUUUUCAUGUACAUUUUUUUUCAUAUUUCGUCCCAUACUUGUAAAUAGUAUACUUAUAUAUUUUAUAGUAAAAAUUGUUUCCAUUUGCGUAAAAUUUGUCUUAUGUUAAGAUGAUGGGGCGAAAUGUGUUCACUUACAAAUUAAAAAAAAUAGUGAAUAAUCUAGCCGAUUAAUUCCUGUCGUUUUAGUGUAAAUACUAAUUUCACAAACACAACACAUAAAUAAUAAAGAAGAAAAAACGUUCAAUCUGUCGACAACAGCGUCUUAAAAACUAAGUAUUUCCUUUCAAUGGAAAGGGAUGAGUGUUUAAAUAUAACAAAAUAAAAAUUAAGAAAACGAUUAAACGAUUAAUAAUUCUUGGUUAACUAAACGUAAAUAAGUAAUUAUUAAUCGUGUAAUAGUUUAAAUAGUUUAGUUAAUUGUUUUAAAUGUAUCAAAAAAACAAGAAAAAAAUAAUGUGUCCAAUUAACUGUGUCUGAACUUUUAUAAAUAUUAUUUUUGCUUAUUUUUUCAACUACACAAAAAUAUUGAGCGAUACAUUUAUGUUAUUUUCCCUCAAAAUAAAAUAAUUACGUUUAAAAUAAAAAUUAAUCGAGAUAUGUAUGUUGCAUAAACAAAUAAGGCUGUUACAAAAUAAAACUAAACAAAAAAAAUAAUGCAUAUAACUAAAAAAAGGAAAUAAAAAUAACGAAAAAUAUUUGGUAUAAAUUAAAAAUUUAUAGUUAGCUCUCUUUUUUUUAAUAUAAAUCAAUAAAAAAAUGCGUGUUUACUUUUUAAGUAAGCUCCUUUGUAGGUUUGAAUUAUACAACAUUUUUUGUAAAAAAAUAAUUAUUUAACGUGUAUAUAUAGAUCUUAUUAUUCAUUUGUAUAUAUUGUACAUUUUGAUACCAAGUUCUUCUGUGAUUGACUAUUUUGUUUAAGAGUGGAAGAAAUAAAGCGAAACAAACUGCCUAGAAUGA